GCCUCCCCCGCCAUCGGACCCCCCCACGCGCCCCUGCACGGCGCCCGCCCACCGCCGAUGGAGACCGGGGCGAUGACGCAGUAGGGACCUCGGGCAGGCGGGCCGCAGCCGAGGAUGGACGGGGACGAGGAGUUCUUCGACGCCGUCACAGGCUUCGACUCUGACAGCUCCUCUGGGGAGCCCUCAGAGGCCGGCCCGAGGGCCCCUGGCCCGGCUGACGCGGACGCCGGCAAGAGUAACGGCGUUGGCCAAGCCGAGGAGAGGCCCCCUCAGGAGAAUGGGGUUCAAAAGCACAGGACGCGGCUGCCGGCCCCGACCUUCACCAGGAGCGACUUCAGCCUGUGGGGGAUCCUGAAGAAGUGCGUCGGCCUGGAGCUGUCCAAGAUCACGAUGCCCGUGGCCUUCAACGAGCCCCUGAGCUUCCUGCAGCGGCUGACCGAGUACAUGGAGCACACGGCCCUGGUGCGCCGGGCCGCCCGCCAGCCCCGGGCCCUGGAGCGCAUGCAGUGCGUGGCCGCCUUCGCGGUGUCGGCGGUGGCCUCCCAGUGGGAGCGGACCGGCAAGCCCUUCAACCCGCUCCUGGGAGAGACCUAUGAGCUGAUCAGGGAGGACCUGGGGUUCCGCUUCAUAUCGGAGCAGGUGAGCCACCACCCGCCGGUCAGCGCCUUCCAUGCCGAGGGCCUGCGCCAGGACUUCCGGUUCCACGGCUCCAUCUACCCGAAGCUCAAGUUCUGGGGCAAGAGCGUGGAGGCGGAGCCGCGGGGCACCAUCACGCUGGAGCUGCUCAGGCAGGAGGAGGCCUACACCUGGACCAACCCCACCUGCUGCGUGCACAACAUCAUCAUCGGGAAGCUGUGGAUAGAGCAGUAUGGGACGGUGGAGAUCCUCAACCACAGGACCGGGGACAGGUGCGUGCUCCACUUCAAGCCGUGCGGGCUGUUCGGGAAGGAGCUGCACAGAGUGGAAGGCUACAUCCAGGACAAGAACAAGAAGAAGCUGUUCGUCAUCUACGGCAAGUGGACCGAGUGUCUGUGGGGCGUGGAGCCCGAGGCCUACGAGUCCUUCAGGAGGCAGGGGCGGCGGGGCGAGCCCCCCGGAGCCGCUCAGCCGGACAGCCGCGCGGAGCGCGCUGACGGGGACGCCGGGGACGCCGGGGACGCCGUGCCUGAGGCUCCGGAAACGGUGCAGGUCAUUCCCGGCAGCAAGCUGCUCUGGAGGGUCAACAGCCGGCCCCCCAACUCUGCGCAGAUGUACAACUUCACCAGCUUCACCGUGACCCUCAACGAGCUGCAGCCGGGCAUGGAGAGGACGCUGGCGCCCACCGACUGCCGCCUGCGCCCUGACAUCCGGAGCAUGGAGAACGGCGACAUGGACCUGGCGAGCCAGGAGAAGGAGCGGCUGGAGGAGAAGCAGAGGGAGGCCCGGCGGGAGCGCGACAAGGGGGACACCGAGUGGCAGACGAGGUGGUUCCGCCGGGGCAGGAACCCGCACACGGGCGCCCCCGACUGGCUGUACGCGGGCGGCUACUUCGAGCGGGACUUCUCCGGCUGCCCGGACAUCUACUGAGGGCCAGGGCUGCCCGGGGCCCGGGCGCCCGCUGGGCCGCGCUCCACCCGGGGCUCCCCCGCGCUCCGGCCCGCAGAGCCGGCCUUCCUCAGGACCGCGUUCGGGGAGAGGGGCGGCCCUGGCCGGCGCCCCACCCCGGUCACCUCUGACUGCCACCCCGUCGCGCUGGCGCGGCCCCUUCAUAAAGCUUCCCGUGGGGCGGCCGUGCUCCCAUCGAGGUCUGAGAAGGAAGGUCCUUGCACGCCCCGCGGGGACGGCGUCCGUGGGGCGCGGUGGCCGGCAGCGCCCCUGGCGGGCCUGUCUCUAGAGGAAGGAGCAGGAAGGAAGGGGCCGGUGCCUCCGAGAGGCGGUGUCCCCGUGUCCGGGGCCCCGAGAGCUGGACUCGGCCCCGCGGGGAGCCCCUCCGGGCCGGGGCGAGGCUGUGGGGCGUCAGAGCGGGGGAGUGAGUAGCUGUCAGAAUCCGUAUUUUUCGCCAGUCUUCAAUGAUGUAAAGACGACCUUUAAAAUUCUUAAAAGUACUCGACUAGGAUCUGCU